CGUCACAGAACGAAAAUAACCGAAGAGAGUCGAUGAUUGUUGGCGUCAUCAGUGGUGCAGUUGGUGCGUUGUGUCUCCGUGAGUGUUGCUGUCUGCAUGGUCAACAUGAGUUGUUACAUACAAGUGUGUGAAGAAGAGAAUGAUGAGCCCAUCGAGAUCCCUACUGAGGAUGACGGCACAUUAUUGUUGUCUACACUGGUGGCGCAGUUCCCCGGUGCUUGUGGUCUAAAGUACCGCCAUGCUGAGAGUCGUGGUAUGCGAGGUGUUAGACUCGUCGAUGGUCGCCUUCAUGCACCUGAUGAAGGAUGGAAUUAUGUCUUCGUCUGUGUCUUCCCCAAAGUUUAUAAUAGUGGGACCGGGGCCGACCAAGUUCUGUCGCUGUCUGGCCAAUCAUAUGAAAACAAACGCAAAUCUGAUGACCAUCUGGAGAGUUCCAUGUCGAAAACGAAGAGAAUGGAAAGCAAACAGCGAUGCUCAGAUUUGAUUGUCUUGGGUCUUCCUUGGAAGACAACUGAAAAGGAACUACGCGAGUACUUUGAGCCAUUUGGAGAAGUUCUUAUGGCACAGGUUAAGAAAGACCCAAAGACCAGUCAAAGCAAAGGAUUUGGGUUCAUCAGAUUUGGUAAUUACGAGACGCAAGUAAGAGUUUUGUCACAGCGUCACAUGAUUGAUGGUCGUCUCUGUGAUGUCAAGAUCCCAAAUUCAAAGCAGGAAGGACAAAUUCAGCAGGUGAACAGCAAAGUGUUCAUUGGCCGUUGCACUGAAGACAUUAGCGCUGAUGAUCUGCGAGAAUACUUCAGCAAGUUUGGUGAGGUCACCGAUGUUUUCAUUCCUAAGCCAUUCAGGGCUUUUGCCUUUGUUACGUUCUUAGAUCCUGAUGUAGCUCAGUCUCUCUGUGGUGAGGAUCAUAUAGUGAAAGGCACAUCUGUUCAUGUGUCAAAUGCUGCACCCAAGAGUGACCCCAACCGUGGACCUUUUGGGCGUGGUGGACGCAUGGGUGAUGGGCGAGGGUAUGGUCAGGGUGGCUAUGGGCAGGGUGGCUAUGGACAGGGAAUGAAUAAUGGUGGUAAUUGGAAUCAAGGUGGGAACAGGGAAAUGCCAAACUUGGCAGCCUUGGGUACUUCUUUAGGUCUUGGAGGAUCAGGACAGGGAGGGCAAGGUGGGGGACAAAAUGUUAACCCACUUAAUAUGGGGGCACUGACCAUGCCCAUGCUUGCUGCUCUUAGCCAGGCCAGCUGGGGUCUCCUCGGUAACCUGCAGCAGCAGAACCAAGAUGGCUCCCAAGCACCGGGUGGCUACAACCAGGGAGGGCAGGCCAGUCAAGGAGGACCUACUAGCAAUCCUCCUCCAGUUAAUCAAGGGGGAGGGGGUCAUGGCAGUUGGGGAACUGGUAGCUCAGGUGGAGGCUGGGGAGAUGGUAGUCAGCAGGGUGGGUCUUGGGGCCCUUCUCAGAGCAGGAAGGAGUACAAUAGGUAUGAUAUGUAAGAAUGUUGUGGCAGACCUGGGUGGGUGAAGAGUGGAUGAGACAUCAGGCCAUGACGAGUAGAAUGAUUUGGUAAGACAGUUUACAUCAACUGAGUGUCUGCUGUAAAGUAAAUUCUUUAAUACCUGCCUGCAAAGGCAGAGGGGGUGGCUCAGGGGUGUUAGUGUGUGUGGGUCAAGUCAACACUCCCUCUUCCCUUGUCUGAAGCAUGCUCUAGUUUUAGGAAAGUAUUCACUUUAAUUAUAAUGAAUAAUAUUCACGCUUAGUGUGUAUCGUUUGGUGUGAUCACGUAUGGGUGGGUGCUGGGGCCCAAGUACUUGGCCCUGAAUGUUGUAGCAGUGUUUGAUCACAUGGUAUGAUUGUAAGGGCACUCCUCUCUUGCUGCGUGUAGCCUCCCGGGGCAUGGGUGGUGGCAACCUUGCCAGAAGGAAAGUGACCAACCGUGUGACAGCUAUAUUGUACUGAGAGUGGUAUGGACGUGUGGAUGGCAGAGCUUGCCAAUGCCAGGGCCGUGCAAAACAGUCGGUUCAAUGGGUGUGUAAGUCUCAGUUGCGCGAGAGAGAGGCCCUCUAGACCUUUCAGAGAUGAGUAAUGGUAUCCAGUAACGUAGGUUCACUGGAUUUAUUGCACUUCUUUGAUGGGUGGAGAGGAUCUGAGGCAAUCAGUACCAUGAGCCUGGCUCCAUACCGUUCUCAUGAAACGCUGUUAUUAUAUUAAUGUUACAGUUGACAAUUGAUUUCCAACCUGCUUCACAACACCAUUGUAAUCUAAGGUCACACUUUAUUGCUUACCCCAUAGCUUAGCUGUUCGCCUUUUGUGAACAGUGUGGAACCAGGAGUCUUGUAUAUAGUGUGCGUUUGUUUAAAAGAUUGAGACUGUUAGCAGUUCCUUUCAUCAGAAGUUACUCAUGGAUCAUUUUCCCCACAUACAUUCAGGGAGAAGUUCUGUGUUUAAUGGAUAAAAGUUUGGAAUUGCUGAUAAUUUCACAAGUUAUCAUGUUUCUCACUCUAAUCAGACUCAAUAUUUGCCAGUGUGAGGUGUGACCGAGGAAGCCCUGAGUGUGUAGACUAGGAAGGCCAAGCUAUGAGUGUGUGACAAUGCAAUAUAUUAAUAUAUUUUGAAAGUCUAUAUGAGCAUUGGCCUCUAUUUUAAUACUUUGUGUGCAUCUCUUUAAAAAGAAAAAGUGCACGAGUCUCAUUGGCCUUGUGUAGACUCUGCCCCUUAUUCCCUGCUCAACACAUCUUGCUUAGCAUUCUGUCAAUGAGCACUGCCCAAAUUUAAUAUUAGGAGAGUAAUCUCAUGGCCUAAAUUUUUACUGGAAUUUUGUGUUGAAAGUUUAAUUAUGCUGCAGAUGUUUUUUGUUUGAAACUGAAAUAAGAAUUGCAAAAGUUUGUCAGUUUCAAACUGUGAAUCUGUUCACGGCAAUAAAUCUGCUUCACUUAAAUAGAUUUAUAUACAUAUACUGGGAAGGGGCAACUACUACCUUGACCUCACCUGACCCCCCUCUUGGUGUUGCCAAGGUCACUGACCUGGGAAUCACAGUACAAAGUCUGUGUGUUGAGCAUGGUGGUAAGAAGUGCUGGUCGGUUGGAAGCAGGAAGGCAGUCAUCAUCAUAUUAGACUCGAGCAUCAAAUCUUAAUGCUUUGACUGUGGUCAUCGUUUAAAGUGGCAUUUAUUUUAGUUACAUAAGAUUGUCUGGCAGGUUUGAAUCUCGAUUCUACAAUGUUUGACAGUUUGUUUAAACAUCUUUAUAUUUUCUGCAUAGUUCUAGAUUAUAUUGGAAUUACAUUGAUAUUCCACAUCCUUCCUGCUCUCCUCUGGCACGCUAUGAAAGAAGGUAUGAUAGAGCCACGUACGAUUAACAAGCAGGCCUUGUGUUUACCACAGGAUCUUUCUCAGUCAUAAGUGAAAGAAUAUUAAGUUUGAGUUUUUUGGCAUGAGUGUAUUUCAGUACGGUUGAUAAAGAGUAGUUUCGCUAACUACAAACAUGAUAAUGUUCUUAUUUCUUUUCAUUCAUUUCACCCAAGAUUUUAUUCACAUUAUUCUUAGAAUUUUUCACCCAUAUACGAGGUGUACACGUACUAAAUACGGGCUCUUUAUGAAAAGUGUGCGCUGUGAGUUUUUAAUUUUAAAAAUACUUAGGAGGGUACAAAAGUGUAUGUCCUGCUGUAAGGUGACUAGAGUUGUGUGAAAAAAAAAAAGCCUUCCUUGAAUAGGGCAUGGAGCUUUCUUUAUAGCUAUAUUAGUGUGAACGAAAUUUGUAGACCUCCAUGUUUUUUUUUUUUUUUUUUUUUUUUUUUUCCCAGGAAUGGCAUACUAGUGUAAUUUCAUUGAAGUGUCAUCAUUAACUUGUAACAAAAUAUUUUGAAGGGGGAUGUCACACAGCAGACUAAUGGAUGGGAAGGACCCAGUAGUUAGUGCUAGGGCCUAGUGAAGAUUGAAAGUACAGUAUGACUUAACAUCUGCAUGUAUUCAUGAUGGAAUGUUUCCGGUACAUGGAAUUUUUAAGUGAUGAAAUUUGGACAAAAUGUAUGAAUUAUGAAAUCUGGCCAGGAAUGGUUUCUGUGAGCCAAUGUUGUAAAGUUGUUUUAGUGAAUGUUGCAAGACAGGAGUGAGUUGCCAUAAAUAGGAUGGAAUGUGAAAAGUCAAAAAGGCCCUGAGGAUUGUAUCAGGUAGGCCCACUUGAGAUUAAAAUGGACCCUCUUGAAGCAAGUGCUCUCAGGCUGCUUGAAAUGCAAGAACUUUGUGUGCUUUCUACUGUUGUCCUUUCGGGCGUGAUUGUGAAUGUUUGUAUUGCUAGAGUGCUCUGUCUUAAUAAACGAUUCACAGCCA